UUUCGGAAAUGAUACUGACAUUUGCACGAAGUCUCUACACACAGGGGCAGUAUAACGGAAAAAUAAGAGAAUAUUUUUACUAUGUGAGCCACAAUGGUUUCCUAUUUCUGGACGAUUCGAGAAUGAAGAAUUUUACAGCGGCUUAUAAAGAUAUUCAGUUUCUUAAUUUCUUCUACAGAAAGAUCAAGGAAAACAAGACGGGAAGAUAUGAGGAUACAUUCCCGUGGGUAAGCCUUUGUGGAAUUGAGCGAAACUUUCUGAGAUGCGACGACACUCCACUUGUUUACACGGAACUCGACUCCACUGAAAAAGAGCUCCGAAUCGGGCAAUCAACCAUUUACCAUUCGUUUCAACCCUCAUCACUUUCAAUGAAUUCAAGCGGCCGUGUUUAUCACAAAUGUCCGAUUGGUGGAAAAGCACUGGUAGCUGACAAAUUGACGGAUAAACUGUAUCGCCGGUUCCGAUUUGACGAUGACGGCGUUCCAGUCGGAUUUCAGUGCGGGGAGCAGAUAAUUGAGCUUAAGAAAUGAAAUAAAUAAUAAUUAAUGUAUAUUGUCUGAUGGAAAGUAUCUAAUGAAGUAUUUAAAAUAAAA